GCGGGGACCCUCACGCGGUAGUCAGGCGUGCUAUUCACAGUUCCGGCGAAAUUUCGUACUUGGUCUUUUUUUCUGUGCCAGUGACGUGACAAGCCAGCAGUGCAGGUCCACACCACAGCACAGAGAAUAAUCAGUGCUGAAGGCGACUCCAUCCCCUUGAAGUCCUGACGGAGUGUGCUUGAGGAUGACCUUGCAAUGAGUGGGGAGGAGGAUGUGGUCUCCCUUGCCUGGUGAUGGAGGAACGGGGCAACCAUCUACCCCGGUCGUUCCAGCCUCGCUCGCCCCUCCACCCGGCUGUGAGCUUCAAGCUGCCUCCUCUUCCUCCUCCAAGCGCACGAUGGAUGACGCAAACACCAGUGGGGAUGACCUAACACCUGCCAGUAAGUUUUCUCGUCCUGAUACUCGUACCUGUGCUCAGGCGGGUGAUGUCUCACUGGCUGCUUGUGACCGCCUACCUACCCAGCCCUCCUGCCUUCCGCCUGUUGCACCACCUUUUGCGCCCAGAUCGGAGUAUAUGAAGCUGGAAUUUCCUAACAAUCCAGGUGUGGAUGUCAAGCUUCGUUGGUUGUCGGAAGUUACCCGUCACUUUUCCCUGGAUCGUGCCUUGGCGGAGGUGAAAAUGUCGGCAGUGACCUCUCGCUUUGUGUAUGUGUCGCGACGUCGGCAGGAUAUUGUGCAGAGUGUAGUGGCUGGUGAUUUUUUGGCACUGAAGCUACGAGUAGAAGACUCCCCUGAGAGGCCUCGCAAAUUCCCGAGUUACUUGUUCACUCGUUACCCUGUUGGAGUUGACUCGUCGUUCAGCCGGGAGUUGCCGGGUGUCUACAGUGCCCGCCGCUUCCGCCAAAAUGGACAGCCGCUCAACAGGAUUGUGGUGACGUGGUCUCAUGAGGAACCUCCCCGUCGUCUGUGGCGUUCAGUUUUCUGCCGUGUUUGCCACCAUGUGAGGUUCGACCAAUGGCUGCAGACCGUCCAAUGUGUUUUCGUUGCUGGGAGGUGA